AUGGACGUCCAAAACCCUUUUCUUUAUGGCGAACUUCAAGAGAAGGUCUAUAUGUUGCCUCCCCCGGGUUGUCGUCGACAGGGGGAGAACGUCGUGUGUCAACUCCAUAAAUCUUUAUAUGGUCUUAAACAGGCGUCCAUAAGUUGGUUUCGAGAGUUCUCUUCGGCAAUACAUACCAUCGAUUUCUGCCAAUCUAAGGCAGAUUACUCUUUGUUCACUCAAGUCAAUGGUACUUCACUCGCCAUUAUAUUGUUAUAUGUUGAUGACAUGGUGAUUACAGGCAACAAAGAGGUAGAAAUUAAGAACCUAAAGGCUUUCCUUAGCAGUCAAUUUCGAAUUAAAGAUCUCGGACCUCUGAAGUAUUUCCUUGGAGUCGAGGUCGCACGUUCAAAAACUGGAAUCAUAAUUUGCGAACGGAAAUAUACAUUGGACAUAUUAAAGGAGGCUGCAUUACUUGGUGCUAAACCCACGAAGGUUCCAAUAGAGGCAGAUUUGGUACUAACACUUACAGGUAGCAAUUCACUUCACGAACCUCCGAGGUAUAGACGCUUAGUUGAGAAAUUGAUCUAUUUGACCAUCACGAGGCCAGAAAUAGUAUAUAUUGUCAACACAUUUAGUCAAUUCAUGCAAGAUCCACAACAACAUCAUCUUGAUGCAGCGUAUCGACUUCUUCGAUACCUUAAAGGAGCUCCUGGACAAGAUUGGGCUCGUUGCCCCAUUACACGCCGAUCAGUGACUGGUUAUUGUAUCUUCCUUGGAAACUCAUUGGUGUCUUGGAAAAGCAAGAAGCAAGUUACAGUUGCUCGUUCAUCCGCAGAAACGGAGUAUCGAUCUAUGGCUGCAGCUACUUGUGAAUUAAGUUGGUUGCGAUAUUUAUUGGAAGAUUUGCCUGUUAAGCAUCUCCAACCAGCAAGAUUAUUAUGUGACAACCAAGCCGCCUUACACAUAGCGGCAAAUCCUGUGUAUUACGAACAUACAAAGCAUAUUGAGAUCGGUUGCCACACUGUUUGUGAGAGGAUUCAGAAGGGAGAAAUCAAAACUUCCUAUGUUAGAACAAGGGAGCAAGUCGUAGACUUAUUUACUAAGCCACUAUGUGCGCCUAUUUUUCAUACACAUCUAGUCAAGUUGGGCGUCAUUGACAUCCACACUCCAACUUGA